AUGUCCAUUAUCUCCACGGCAAUUCCAGUUAUCACCAACGAUUUCCACUCCUUGAAAGACAUCGGUUGGUGUUUCUAUAUCAACCUUCCCAUCGGCGGACUUGCAGCUGCCCUUAUGAUUUUCAUCCACGUCCCUGAUCAGGUCAAGAAACCUCCCUUCAAGAGCGUCGUGACAGACAAAAAUGCCUGGCAAAAGUUUGACCUCAUAGGCGCCAUCAUCUUCAUUCCUACAAUGGUGAUGCUACUACUUGCCCUUCACUUUGGCGGCAACGAGCAUCCUUGGAAGAGCGCAACCGUCAUCGGCCUCUUCUGCGGAUUUGGAGGGCUGGCAGCAGUGUUCCUGUACUGGGAAUACCGCGCCGGUGAGCACGCCAUGAUGCCUUUCUCGAUCAUUCGGAAGCGAGUUGUCUGGACCAGCUGUAUCUCGAACAUGUUUGCCUUUGGCGCCAACUAUUGUGUCAUUUAUUUCCUGCCGGUCUACUUCCAGGCAAUUCUCAAUGCUACUCCUUUCCACAGCGGCGUUGAUAUGCUGCCAAGCGUCUUACUGCAGAUCGUGUUCGCAGUUUCGAGUGGUGUCAUGGGUGAGUAG